AUGUCCGACAGUCGCUCCUUCUCGUUCUCUACAGUCCGCAUUCCUCCGCCGCCGUCUCCCCAUAGUCCAUUGCGAUCCCCGAAGCGCAGGCUACAUCUCCAACAUCUACCGGCUCAUGAAGACCCUCUCUUGGGGAACCUCUCCCCGGAAUCAAUCCUCGAUGCCCUCGCUGCGAUCAAUGCCUUAGCUCGGCAUGAGGGUUAUGCAAACGACAUCCUCACCAGAAGCAUAUCGCAAGCUUCACCGGAAGAUCGAUUACUCGGAGCCCGAGCAGCAUUGGCUGCCAAAAAGCUGAGAGAAUGGCUUAAGGAAUUACAAGCGUGGCAAUGGCCCAAGGGGCUUGGCAUACAACAAGGAAAAGGCUUUAUCUCACCAUUGGACAACCAGUCAGAGUACUGGGGUAGUCUACCAGCCCGACAAGUCGUUGAAUACGAAGCUCGAAUAGAGCAAAUCCGAGACGGCAUGGAUGGUUUGAAUGUGGACGAGCUCAAGGAACACAUCAUGAACGUCCAUGUACCAGGUCGGUCCCGGCCAUCAUCAGCACACAGUGCCCUCAGCACGAUCUCCGCUCCUCCGUUUACACACAUGCAACUAAGCGAUUUCACCGCUGUCAUUACGGCCACUAUACUUCGAGCUUUACCUACGCUGGCGCGAUUGAAUAUGCUGCUAGAUACUUGGACGGUACGAUUACUUGUGUUACGCCAGAUCCCGAGUCUUUUGAGUUCAUUGGAGACAGCACGUGCAUCCCUCGAUUCUGUAUUGGAAGCGACUAAGGAGUCCCAACGGAAUAAACGUUACUCCAUGCUCGAUUCUAAUUACAGGCGAGAGGCACUCAUUGAACUCAUUGGUACAGCUGGCUCUCGUAUGGACACGGUUCUGGAUGCUUUGGAGGGUCGAGAAGACUCUAUACCGGAAAACUGGAUUGACCGGAUGGAUGCGUUGGAGACAGAUUUUGCAUCCUGGGUUCAGCUAACGGGAAAGAUGGCAAUUGAAAAGGUCUGGGUAUCGUCUGAACUGGAAGCACCUAAACAGCACACUAUCAAAGAGGACCAGUUGCAACAUGAUGCUACCGACACGGGUCAACCGCCUCAUGAAGAUGCGACAGAAAGAGAUGUUCAGAUUUGUGAGGAUCCAGCUCCUCCUACCGUCCACGAGAUUGUAGAUUCUAGUCCAAAUGUCAGCACAACAUCACAUAGCAUAACAGUCUCGCCAGAAGAAAGCGAUUCUCCACCAGUCAACUUUACCGACAGCGGUUCUACCGUUACCGCCGAUACGAUUUCAUUACUUGCCAAUGAAGAAGAUGUGCAAGUGCUCUCUACAAAGAAUGAGAAUCACACGCCGAUAUUAAUGGUCACAAAACCUCAUCCACCAUCCGAAUCUACUGAUGAGAACCCUGAUCUAGGCAUUGCAACAUAUACGGCCGAAUUUGAACGGACAGAAGAUGAUGUAUAUUCACCGAUUCCGGUAAUGGAACAUAGUCAUGACCAUGAACAAAAAGCAAUUGAGGUCGAUACUGCAACAAAUUACGAGGCCGAAGAAUCAACGAUACCGCUUCGAGUGAAAAGGUCCAUUCCUGUUCUGGAAGUGAUUGAGGAGUCAACAUCCGAGGAAUCCGCGCCGUCCGUGAAGAAUCAUACAAAGCCUUUGGAGUCAUUAACACCACUACCAGUUUCUAUUCCUGGUACCACUGAUUCUAAUGCUUCACCUGCGAUGCACGCCGAAGCUAGUCAUGCUAUUACAGAACCCAAGACCAAUCCUCUGGCAAUCCUAGCUCAGCCAACGAUUGUUAGCCAAGACGAGCCACAGGUAGCAGCUUUCGAAUAUGUUCGAUCCUCUGGUCAGUUUGAAGACCAAGAACUGCAGCAUCAGGAGAUAUCAACCCCCAAUCUCGAGGAAGAAGACGUCACAAAAGAAAUUCCGGAUCAGAUCUCAGGCGAGCAUCUUUCGAAGAGAGAAGCUACGUCUACACUGGAGCCGGCGACAAGGACUGUGGAUUAUUCCAGCACCGUCGAUGGUGGCAACCUAGAUCAGAUUCGUGGGCGCAAUAAGGAAAUAUCAAGCUCGGAUGCAUCUAUACCAGAUUCAGAUGCAGGCGAGUCCUCUCCACGUCGUGCAGAUUCUGAAAGCCCACAUUCCAUUAUGACACCUUCGCUUGCACUAGAAGAUUCUGCUAUCAAAGAGACACCCCAGAGCUCUUUGAUAGAAUCACCCAUCAAAGUCGUGGCAACUGAGAAUCAAAGCUUUGGUCCAUUCCUUGAGCAAACUAUUCCUCUACAUCCCGAUAUACCAGUUCAAUCAAUUGAACAAGACAUUCCCUCCAGACUUUGUCAAAAUCAUGAAGCAGCACAACCUCAUUCCAGAAAGACAUCUGGUCAAAGCUAUCGUUCUUCUGUGCCGUUCUCACCAGGUGUGUUUAGUAGCACCAGCGAUCGAACAAUCCGUGAAAAGAGUUCUCCGCAGUUGAGCAGCUCUGCUUUGCAAGAUUUGGAGGCGUACAAACAUAGCAAUGAUGCCAGUCUACCUUUACAACGAUUUAUCAACGACAAAUACGACGGGAGUUAUUCGGCCAGUCAUGAAAUGCAUUCGGACAGUGCGUCCUCGCGUGACGAUACAUCACAAUAUUUGCUCGAAGAUACAGAAAUUUUAAGAUUUCGUGAUAGAAGUGAAUCGCCUCCGCCUAAUGCAAUUCCUCGCCGAGCUAUACGCGGCCCUAGUUCAAGCUUAAUGAGAGGUACCAUAUCUUCUUUGAACAAAGUCGUUGGGACAGGAAACCGAGUUGAAUCCGACCCAUUUAGCUAUGAGUCUGCCGUUGAGUCUGCCGAAAGAGUUCGUUCACGCUCUAGACUCGGAUCGCCUUAUGAUGUUGAUUCAGAACCAACACCGUGGCGUCGAAAAUCUUCUACCAGCGACCUAUUACAGGCACCGAAACAUCAUUUACAGAAUCAACCAAGUAUGGAGAGCAUUGGCUCUUAUGUUUCUAGUAACGGUACCGGUGACAUGCGCAGGCGAUAUUCAUUCUCCACGGACGGCGGAUCAUUCGCGAUACGACCAGUCCAUGAAGCCGAUAGCGACCUACAGGAGAAAAUCCACUCUAUUCUUACAACCAUUCCUGGCAAAAUCCGUCUCAGUAACAAAGUUGCUAGAGACUACGACCAGCACUCUGUAAUAUCGUCCAUGUCUUCCAAACCUCGACUUAAAGCGCGAUCUCCUUUCUCUACCCCUAGCCGAGCCGGCACGCCAACGCCAUCAGAAGGUUUCACACCAUCGUCGAGGCAAAGACGCACUGUUUCCCACAAGAGUGAGGACAAAACCGUCAAGGUCUAUCAUUUGCACCAUCGGGGAAAAACAGAGCCAACCAAGCUUUUCGUUCGUACAGUUGGUGAAAAUGGCGAACGAGUUAUGGUCCGUGUCGGUGGAGGCUGGGCCGAUCUAGGCGAAUACCUACGUGAGUAUGUAAUGCAUCACGGCCGUCAGACUCCAUCAAGUAGCCAUGUCGAGGUCAAAGGUCUUCCGGCAACAACAACCUCCCCAGGAUCAACCACGUCGGCAGCUGCUACAGUCAUCGCUCAGACUAGUCCAAAGGGACCUACAACUAUACCAACGAGCAACCGACCUGCUUCCUCCCUUUCGGUUCAUAAAACGAGACGGAUCUCCAAACCAUCUGAACUUCCUGAACUUGCAAUCGAUGAUGUCGAACCUACAAGUGACAACCUUUCACUUCCUUUAUUCCCAUCAAUCGGCCGACGAACGUCCAUAUCCUCCCUUAACUCAGUCAGCGUAUCAUCAAUCCUAGGAGAUGGCUCCAGCGUUUACUCUCCACACCCAGGAUCCGCAAGAACCCCCUUAUCUCAUUCCAGCACUCCUUUAGGCCUAGCUGGCCCAAAACCACGAACCAGACACGUCUCCAUGACCCCGGAGAGUGAAGCCUGGGUUGAGGAUGUGAUCGGCCAAGCACGACGAACCUCAUCAAUAACUGUCAAGCCACCGACACAGAAACAUGCCGACCAUCGCUCCGAACGUGAAGUGCACAAUUCGUCCAGGAUGAGUAUGCGCAGUGUAAGCGAUUUCCCAUCCGUUGGUCGGAAUAAGCGUGUUGUUCUAAAAGGGCUCGGGACGCAUGACCGAUCGUAA